AUGGUACGACGUUGGCAUUUUACUGCAGCGAUUCUUAUAUAUGCGUUUGCGGCACUUCCAAUUAUAUCAACGGAAAGUAUAACAGCAUUUCAAGCUGAUUCGUUUGUGGAAAGCAUUGGUGUCAAUACACAUUGGGCAUAUCCUAACGUUUACACUAAGAAUUAUACUGGUUUACGAGCCAAACUCGGUGAAUCCGGUAUCCGUUACGUACGAGAUGGAGCUUAUACCAAUAUUAUCUUCACCCGUGCAAAUGAUCUAUACAACAGUUUUGGCAUCAAAACAAAUAUGUUGACCGGACGAUGGGUACCUGGCAUGUGGCCAUCUCCACUAGAUCCAACGCAAAUCGAUGCAGAACUGAACGAUAUUAAAACUUUAGCUUUACAGGCGACAGCAGCAAUAGAAGCUCCCAACGAAUACGAUCACGCCCAUGGCCCUGACACUGAUUGGGCAUCGACUAUCAAGACGUACAGUGUUCUUCUAUAUAAUAAAGUCAAAGCUGAUCCAUUGUUGAAAAAUAUAACUGUCAUCGGACCGUCAUUCGUAGAAUUCGAAGCCUAUCAAACUAUAGGCAAUUCCGAUUCAUUUCUAGAUCAUGGCAACCAACAUUUAUACUAUUGGACCUAUUGGCCAGGUUUUAGCGGGUACGAUACUAAUGGAACACGUAGUAUCAGUUGGUAUUUGGACUAUGUUGCUCCCCAACAAUCACCAUCCCGUAAACCUGUCCAAGGGACUGAAGCUGGUCACACAAAUUUCAUCGACGUUGGCGGUAUCUCCGAAGAAGCUGACGGGAAAUACAUGGCUCGCAUAUUUGCUGAAUUUUACCGUCAUGGUAUUUAUCGCACUUACAAAUAUGAACUUGUUGAUCAAGCUCUGUCGGACAGAGAAGGAUUCUUUGGUCUAUUACGCAAUGAUUUAUCCGAAAAACCAGCAUUUCGAGCUGUGAAACACUUAAUCGCGAUAUUAAGUGAUAAGGGAUCAAGUUUUACGCCAAAAGCGCUGAGUUAUACAUUGACUGGUAGUUUAAAUAAUGUUCGACAAAUUCUUUUUCAAAAACGCAAUGGCGACUUUUACUUGAUGGUAUGGACAGAAGUAUCGAGUUGGGAUGUGUCACGGAAAGUUAAUCUGUAUCCAUCGUCGCAGCAGGUUCAGCUUAUAUUACAAGGUAGUUAUAAACUAUCCAAUGCAACACUGUACACUUUCGACAACAACGCAGAUUUAAACAUCUUCUAUCUUCCUAUUACUAACAAUCAAGUUACUUUUAAUUCAACUGACAAGAUCAGUAUUAUUCGGUUGAGAAAUGAAACUAAUUCUAUUACCGAAGGACUUUAUCGAAUAACGCCGAAAUUUGCCGCUCAUGCUGGCCUUUAUGCAUCUAGUAAUCAGAAUAAUGCGUUUGUCAGUCAAGAACAAUAUUGGGGCAGUGCCAAUCAACAAUGGAUAUUUGAACCUAUCGAUGGCAAUUUCUUUGUUAUAAAGAAUCGCGCUUUCGGUCGAGUGUUGACCGUCCACGGUUGUAACACAGAUGAUGGAGGCGCACUACAAAUAUACGACUGGACGAAUUCUGAUUGUCAAAAGUGGACAUUUGAACUUCUUCCAAAUGGUUACUAUCGUAUCACGCCAAAGCAUGCAUUAAAUCAAUGCAUUGAAGUACAAAUGUGUUCCACGAGUAUUGGCGCCACAGUUCUGCAAUGGUCUUGGUCAAAUAGUGAUUGCCAACAAUGGAAGUUGGAAUGGAUUGGAUCGACUUAUUAA